AUGACCUUCACAACGCACCUCCUCGCGCCCCCCUCCCCCGCCUCAAACCCAACAACUCCCCCAAAAUUCACCCUCCCGACCCCGACCACCCCAAACCCACCCACCAACCCCCCACUCCUAACCGACGCCCUCACCAUCCGCCAAACCGUCUUCAUCGACGAACAACACUGCUCCGCCGAGGAGGAGAUCGACGCCGACGACGGCCGCAGCUGGCAUUGGGUGGUGUACCACUCCCCAGAUGCACCCCGCACCCCCGUCGCGACGAUCCGGCUCGUGCCGCCGCCGAAUGUUCACAGUCACCAUCCCAAUCACAGUCCCAAUCCCAACGGGGCUGAGAGUGGGGCAGAGCAGGCGGCGGAACAAGACCAAGAACAAGAACCCUACAUCAAGCUGACGCGGGUGGCGGUGCUGCGCGAGUAUAGGGGGUAUGGGCUGGGACGGGCGGUGGUGGAGACGGCGUUGGCGUGGGCGCGGGAGCAUGCGCGGGAGAUUGAUGAGGCUGCGGUGGCUUUUGCUUUCGCCACAGCUUCCGCAGAGAAAGAUGGGGGGGAGGUGGUUGCGCGCCCCGUUUGGAAUGGGUUGGUGUUGGUGCAUGCGCAGACGCAGGUGGAGAAGAUGUAUGAGCGGUGUGGGUUUGUGACGGACGAGGGGAUGGGGCGGUGGGAUGAGAAUGAGAUUGAGCAUUUGGGGAUGUGGAGGAGGCUUGUUUUGGAAUAG